AUGCCAGAGGUACACCAAACCCCCUUUCCAGUGGAGAGUGAUCCAUACGACGAAGAUGCACAAAGAGAGCAGCAUACUCAACCUGGACUCCAAACAAUGGAGAAAACUCCAUCGCAUAUCGUCGCCACCGAACUCAACCCCGAAAAAUACCCCGACGGCGGCCUCCAAGCCUGGCUCGUCGUCCUAGGCUCCUGGUGCGCAAUGGUCCCCUCCAUGGGGUUACUAAAUACAUUCGGCGUCCUGCACGCCUGGACCUCAAAACACCAGCUCUCCACCUAUUCCGAGAGCAAAAUCGGCUGGAUCUUCGGAACAUAUGCAUUCUUCCUGUAUUUUGGCGCGGCGCAGAUCGGCCCCAUCUUCGACGCCCGCGGCGUCCUCCCCGUCGUCCUACCGGGCUCAAUCGGCCUCAUCAUCUCAAUCUUCACAUUCGCGCAGAGCACAGCAUACUACCAGAUCCUGCUCUCGUUCAGCGUCCUCGGCGGCCUGAGCUCAUGCUGCCUCUUCACGCCCGCGAUCUCCGCAAUCGGGCACUGGUUCGACGUCAACCGCGGCCUUGCAACCGGUAUCGCAUGCACAGCCGGCGGACUGGGCGGCGUGUUCUUCUCCCUGAUUAUCCUGUACGUUGGGCCCGCGCUGGGCUUUGCGUGGGCGAUGCGGGUUAUCGGUAUUAUAUCCGCUGUGCUGUGUGCUCUUGCCUGUUUGCUUUUGAAGACGAGAUUGCCGCGGAAUACGAAGGCCGGGAUGGCGGUUGAUUUUGGGGCCCUCCGUGAGAAGGGGUAUGGGCUUACGACGGCGGCGAUCUGGCUCGUGGAGUUUGCGGCGUUCGUGCCGUAUGCUUAUAUUGUUUCUUAUGGGCUGUACGCGGAUAUGCCACAGGACCUGGGGUAUCUGCUCUGCGUCUUCCUGAAUGUCGGUGCUAUUCCUGGCCGCGCUUUACCCGGGAUUCUUGCGGAUAAGCUUGGCCGGUUUAAUGUUAUGGCGUGUACGGCCAUCGCGUGCGGGAUCUGUACAUUGGCGCUAUGGUACUGCGCUGGUACGAACCAGGGCGCUAUUAUCGCGUACGCCGUGCUAUAUGGGUUCUGGAGCGGCGCGGCGAUUAGUCUCACGCCUGUGUGUAUCUCGCAGGUUUGUAAGAUGGAGGAUUAUGGGAAGAGGAACGGGACGACGUUUACGCUUGUCUCUGUUGGGACCCUCACUGGGAUUCCGAUGGCGGGUGCGAUUCAGGAGAGUCAGGAUGGGGGCUUCAAGGGGCUGAUUAUCUUUGGCGGCGUGCUGUAUCUUGCUGCGGCGGCGGUGUUUGCACUUGCGAGGGGGGUUGUUGGGGGGUGGGGGGUUAGAGUGAGGUUUUGA